GGAGCCGCCGGCGAAGGAGCCGGGCGGGUUUCCUGGCGGAGGCAGCGCUGGCGGCGGGCGGGUGUCGCGGCUUGGGCAGGUCCGUGAGAACUUCGCCGAGUCCGCCCUGGGCGGGGGUGCGCCCGUGUCCGCGUCCGUGAGAGGCACCCACCGCCCGCUCGGCAUGGCCGGCCGCCUCGGCCGCGGGAUGUGCUGCGGCAAGCGCGGCCGGGGUUGCCGGGGCGAGGGCGCCCUGCUUGCCCUGGGGCUCCUGGCCGCCCUCGGCUUCCUCGUGUGGUGGCACGGCCCGCCGCCCCGCCACGCCGCCCGCCGCGCCCCGCCGCUGCCGCCGUCCCCCGACACCGAGCUGCUGCGGCGGCCGGUGUACGCCAAGCCUGCCCUGGACCCGGGGGCGCUGGGGGAGCUGGGCCGGGCGGUGCGGCUGGAGCUGAGCCCGGCCGAGAAGCGCCGCCAGGAGGAGAGCAUCCGUCGGCACCAGAUCAACAUCUACCUGAGCGACCGCAUCUCGCUGCACCGCCGCCUGCCCGAGCGCUGGCACCCGCUGUGCAGAGAGAAGAUGUAUGAUUAUUAUAACCUGCCAAAAACCUCUGUUGUGAUAGCUUUUUAUAAUGAGGCUUGGUCAACACUUCUGCGAACUGUUCACAGUGUUCUUGAGACAUCCCCAGAUAUUCUUUUGGAAGAAAUUAUUCUUGUAGAUGAUUACAGUGACAAAGAACAUUUAAAGGAGACUUUGGAGAACUACGUGGCUGGUUUACGCAAGGUGCGUCUUAUCCGGGCAAAUAAGCGAGAGGGGCUGGUUCGAGCCCGGCUGCUGGGGGCAUCUGUGGCAAAAGGAGACAUCCUGACCUUCCUGGACUGCCACUGUGAAUGCCAUGAGGGCUGGCUGGAGCCACUGUUGGAAAGGAUUGCGGAAGAAGAAACAGCCGUCGUCUGCCCUGUUAUUGAUGUUAUUGACUGGAAUACAUUUGAAUACUUGGGAAAUGCUGGUGAGCCACAGAUUGGUGGAUUUGACUGGAGGCUGGUCUUCACUUGGCAUAGUACCCCUGAAAGAGAACAAAAACGGAGGAGGUCCAAGACUGAUGUGAUCAGGUCUCCAACCAUGGCAGGUGGAUUGUUUUCUGUGAGCAAAAAGUAUUUUGAUUAUCUUGGUUCGUAUGACACAGGAAUGGAAGUCUGGGGAGGAGAAAACCUUGAAUUCUCAUUUAGGAUAUGGCAGUGUGGAGGAAGUCUUGAGAUCCAUCCUUGCUCCCAUGUAGGUCACGUUUUCCCCAAACAAGCUCCAUACUCACGGUCCAAAGCUUUGGCAAACAGUGUGCGUGCAGCUGAAGUGUGGAUGGAUGAAUAUAAAGAACUUUAUUACCACCGAAACCCACACGCUCGCCUGGAGCCAUAUGGAGAUGUGACAGAAAGAAGACUUCUUCGAGAGAAGCUGAAAUGUAAGGACUUCAAAUGGUUCUUGGAGAAUGUGUAUCCAGAACUUCACGUACCCGAGGACAGACCAGGCUUCUUUGGAAUGCUGAAGAAUAGAGGAAUGGAAAACUUCUGUUUUGAUUACAACCCUACAAAUGAACAUCAAAUAACUGGACACAGGGUCAUACUGUACCCAUGUCAUGGCAUGGGACAAAAUCAAUUUUUUGAGUACACAUCCCAUAAUGAAAUACGUUACAACACCCGACAACCAGAAGUCUGUGCAGCAGUCGAUUCAGGGACUGACUACUUGACAAUGUACUUGUGUCAAGAAAAUGUCCACAGUGUUCCUGAAAACCAGAAGUUUGUUUUCAGAGAGGCCACAACACUAGCACAGAUCUCUGGGAGAAAUAUGCUAUCUUGGCUUUUAAUAUCUGAACACAGAACCAGGAUAGCAGCAGUGCAUUGGCAAAGAGUAUGCCAGUCAUAAAGAAUAGGAAGAUGAGAAGAAGGAAAGCAACCUUGAUAACCUCAAAGGAGCUGGGAACACUCUCUUGCAUCUCACCCCUGCUGUCUUCUCCUGAGAUCUGAUGAGCCUCAAUAUACCCCUUCCCCAACCAGUCUCAUGACUGUCCUACUUCUGCUCUCUUUUCAUUGACUUGUUUUAUUUCACAGUAUUUGUAUUACAAUAUAUCCCUAGUACUUCACAUACCACCCUUACUUUAUACUCUUCCCUGCUUUGGAACAGCUGCUUCUCCUCUGCAGACCCUCUCUCGUAACCCUUCCCACAAGCACCAGGAGUGCUCCCUUUUCUGCAAUGCAAUGUGCAGUUGUGUAAUUUGAUGCAUCAUCAAAAAAUACCUUCUGCCCUAUUCCUGCCCCUACACAGGACACAUCUUACUGGCUAUGGGGACUCAGCAGAUCUGUACCUCUCUUUUUCAACUCUCAAGCCUACUCCCAAAGGGGGGAAAUACUGAGAAGUGUGGUAUAUUUAUUAAGCAUAACAUGAUCUUAGAAAAACUUGUGUUUAGUAGUUUUUAAUCUCUAAAGAAGUUCCUGAAUACCUGAGAGAAAAUAAGCUGGAUGAAAAAUUAUGGCCUUGGUCAGGUUCUGGAGUGUUAUUAUUUGGCUACGGGAAAAAGUCACAUAAUAUAUCAAAAUGUUAUAUUUACAUAAUGUGUCUGCAUAAUGCAUCCAAACUCUACAGAAUCUAUGGUUAACAAAUUUCAUGCUUAGAUACUACCACCAGUGGCAGGGUAAAUUCUAAAAAACUAUGUGAAAAUUACUGUCCAUUCACUAAAUCUAGUCCAGACUGAAGCUCAUAGUGGUAUUACUGAAUAAAAAUGUUUAAAAGGCUGACUAUAUAAAUGAUGUGUCAUUUUAAAUGCUGACUUUUAAUAAAAUUGCUCAAGGUCAUAUGCAUUAAUCUAUAAGAAUAUAUUGAAAAUUCUUCAGUCACUUCAGGAAGUAAUUGAGAAAACGGAAAUUUUGAAAUUGAGAAAUCUGAACAAUUGAAAAAAAAGUUUUGGAAUGCAUCUGUUUCCACUGCAUUCCUAACCAUUAACUUUUAGCAUCUGAAACUUUAGGAAUUAUUUUAAAUUUUCUUCCUUCCUCAUGAUCACUUUGUUCCUGUGUGUGAUUUGAACGUACUGCUCAGCUCCAAUUCCUCUUCUUAUACUGCAUUAAAUCAAAAUCACCAGUCCCUAACUUUCAAGGCAAAUGAUGGGUGAGGUGUCAGUACCACAUUUCUUUUGCUUUGCACAGAGUAAUAUCAGACAGCUGUCCUUAUGGAUGUAGCAUAAUCACAGAUUUAACCAGCCUUCCCAGCAGCCUGACAAGAAUUAAGUUCUUAUGGGCACCAAGUCAAAAAUGAGUGAGGCAAAUACUGAUUAGUCCUCUCAAAAAUGUGGAUUAUCACAACAGAAACAGGAAAGUCAUUUAGAAGCUAAGCAAGCCCAUGUGCAAUAACACGCCACUGGGCAUCAGGAGCUGUGGCUCAGGAUGCAAUUAAGUACAAUAUUCCUGAUGACGGAAGGAGCAGACUUCCAAAGGAGUAAGGGUUAUGCUCAGAAGCAGGGCAUUUUUCUUUUGAAGCUGCUAAAGGCUUUGGAAAUGCUUGCAUUUGGGAAUGUCACCCAGGCCAAAGGGAUGGUCUCAGAGCAGGGCAGUUCUCCAUGGCUGGCUACAUUGCCUUUCUGCAGCUCACUAUCCUAGUUGUCAGUGCUCCUGGACUGGAGUGAGAGAGGUGAACUGGAGAUUAAAUGUGCUUGGACACUACUGUAACAGGAGGGCCUGAGACCUAAAAAUGUGUUUGUUAGGGAAUUUGACUGUGGAGGCCUGUCAGACCUUACACAUUUGAGACAGCUGUGCUGCCCUCCAGCAAAGCAAGUGAACUCCACACACAUCCAUAGGCAAGGGGCAUGCUUAGAUAUUUUUACUUUUUCCACCAAAAAUAUCCCCUAUGAAGAAAGGGGAAAAUUUCUUGCUAAAAAUAUGUUCAGCAUCUACACUUAAUGAACAAUAUUUACCUUUUACUUACAAGAUGUGCAAUAAAUUGCUGAAUUUGGGUAAUGCCUGUACUUGGCUUUGGUUUUUACUGCCCAUGUUCUGAUGCAGUAACAAAAGGCAAUGAAAGUGAAUGAUGUUAACACAUACUUUACAGGCUGAGAUGUCACUACAUGUAUCCCUCUAAAGCAAUGUUAAUGUAAGUUUAAAAGCAGGGUCUUUUGAUAAAGUUCAGAGAUCCUCAAGUUAGGCAUUUUGGCUUUACUGCAUGGUCUCAUUGGAAGGAUAUGCGUGAUAUUUAUUUGUGGCAAAUGUCUUCUGUUA